UAGAUGUUCUCUGGAGUAGCUUCUGUGUAAUCGUUUAACUGGGUUUUUCUUCCCUUUUAGUGCCUGAAGACCUCUCAUUAGAAGAGAGAGAAGAACUUUCAGACAUUCGUCGAAGGAAAAAGGAACUUAUUGAUGACAUCGAGAGGCUGAAGUAUGAAAUCGCGGAGGUGAUGACGGAGAUAGACAACCUGACGUCCGUGGAGGAGAGCAAGACGACCCAGAGGAACAAGCAGAUAGCCAUGGGAAGGAAGAAGUUCAACAUGGAUCCCAAGAAGGGAAUUCAGUUUCUAAUCGAGAACGACCUGCUGCAGAGCUCCCCCGAGGACGUGGCCCAGUUCCUGUAUAAAGGCGAAGGCCUGAAUAAGACGGUGAUCGGGGACUACCUGGGCGAAAGGGAUGAAUUUAAUAUUAAAGUUCUUCAGGCGUUCGUGGAGCUCCAUGAGUUUGCCGAUCUCAACCUCGUCCAAGCCUUAAGGCAGUUCCUGUGGAGCUUCAGACUCCCCGGCGAGGCGCAGAAAAUCGACCGCAUGAUGGAGGCGUUCGCGUCCCGCUACUGCCUCUGCAACCCGGGCGUCUUCCAGUCCACAGACACGUGCUACGUGCUGUCCUUCGCCAUCAUCAUGCUCAACACCAGCCUGCACAACCACAACGUGCGCGACAAGCCCACGGCCGAGCGCUUUGUCACCAUGAACCGCGGCAUCAACGAGGGCGGGGACCUCCCCGAGGAGCUGCUGCGGAACCUGUACGAGAGCAUCAAGAACGAGCCGUUCAAGAUCCCGGAGGACGACGGCAACGACCUGACACACACGUUCUUCAACCCCGACCGGGAGGGCUGGCUCCUGAAGCUGGGGGGGCGCGUGAAGACCUGGAAGCGGCGCUGGUUCAUCCUCACGGACAACUGCCUCUAUUACUUCGAAUACACGACGGAUAAGGAGCCCCGGGGCAUCAUCCCGCUGGAGAACCUGAGCAUCAGGGAGGUGGACGACCCCCGGAAACCCAACUGCUUCGAGCUUUACAACCCGAGCCACAAAGGGCAGGUGAUCAAAGCCUGCAAGACGGAGGCCGACGGCCGGGUGGUGGAGGGCAACCACGUGGUGUACCGCAUCUCGGCGCCCAGCCCCGAGGAGAAGGACGAGUGGAUGAAGUCCAUCAGAGCCAGUAUCAGUAGGGAUCCUUUCUAUGACAUGCUGGCCACGAGGAAAAGGAGGAUUGCCAAUAAGAAGUAGCGCUGGCCUGGCCCCAGCAGGUCAUCGGAAAGCCAGACCCCACCACCGCACAGCGGGCCGGGCGCCUCCCGCCACACCCCGGACCCGCGCCGGCCGCCCUGCUGCCCCGGGGACGGCGGCCCCCGCUGCUCUCGAGGGUCCUGGCGCCUCGUGUCGUCCCUUCUGCCGACCGCCCAGCGCUCCCCCGCAGCGGAAGGUGGCCGAGCGCGUCCUUCAAGUUUCGUCCAGCGGCCGCCCCGGUGGUUCCGCCCGAGCAUCCGCGCGGCAGAGGCAGGGCCACACGUGCUCCUUCGCGGCGUGUCCGUUGUUCCGAAAGCCGCUGUUUUGUAUCAUAACAGGAAAGGAAAAGCAACCACUUUUUUAUUGAGUUUUUUUUUUUUCUCAGAUAUAUGGUAUUAUAGCUUUUAUAUGCCUUUUUAUAUUCUGAAAUUAUAACGAAAGACCCUUUCUAACAGUAGUAUUUUUAGAAUGGCAGCUAUAAAUUUAACUCCUGGACACAAGUAUAUACUGUGCACCGAGAACAAGCUACACAGACGCGUAUGCAGCCCGUGGUGGGGGCCGCUAGGCUGGGGGGCGCCCUGGGGGACCUCCUGGCGGAGGGAGGCGAGGCGGCGCUUGAGGCCAGCCCUGGGCAGGACUGCAGGUGUCCCGUCCUCUGGGACCAUUCCGCUCAGACGUUGCGGUCCCAGUGACCCUCUCUAAAGAGGCAAAUGACCCAAUGGCAGUUUCGGCCUCUUAUCUUGUAACCGCUGAAUCCCCCGCAGCCCCGACGUCUGUAGCGGACCCCACGGAACUGCUCGCGUCUGUGUCCGACGCCCCGGAAGAGCAGUGCCGUGUGGGUCCCCUGAACUGGUUCAGGCGCGCCGUGGCCCCUGUCCUCACUGUUUCAAACCUGUUGGCAAAACAAACGCUUGUAAGAAUGUGACCACAUUUCUUACCGUGAUGAGUAGACGCACAGAUGAGGGGAGGUGAUGGAUCUGACUCUGUUUUCAGAGAUUGACUCUCCCGUCACGAGGAGGGCGAGACCAGGCUGGGCACUUAGGCUUUUCUGUAAAUAGUUUCAAACCCCACAUGCGCCCUGGUGGUGGGACUGGCGAAGCGCCGCGGCCGGGUAGGGGCGGGUGGCAUUGACCGAAGGACAGGUGCUCAGCCCGCGUGGGGGGAGCAGCCCGGAGUGCGGCCCCGGCACGUCGCCCAGCUGGCCCGGGGUGCACAGGUGGGCAGGCGAGAGGCGGUGUGCUGGGCCAUUCGGGGAGGGGUGGGUGACAGCUAGCUUUUUAUCGGGAGCUUUAUUUCUGCUGCCGGGACCCCCUCUUGUGCAUGUGGGCUCUUCUGGUGGCGGGUCUCUUCCCUGCAGGACCUCCUUUCCUUCCCCUCCCCCACGCAGGCACACCCUCAGUUUGCACACCUGCGAGGUCAUCCCCUUGAAGCCAGGUCCGCACAGCCCUCGGUCUGUCCGCACUCCCACGGGAGUCUAAAGGGCAGAGGGAACCGUUGCUGAGAGCUGCCGCGAUGCUGGGGCUGAGCGGCUGUGGGCCCCCGGCCUGGCCUCGUGCGGCUGACCUGGCCGUAGCUUUAAGUCACACUAGACUCCGGAGGUGGGGGGGACGGACGACUCUCCAACAUGCAUCAAACUGAUCUUUUCCGGUCGUUCCCAAGCUCUUAGCCGUUGCUACUGUACUGAUACCUCACAUUGGAAACUCUGGCUUUGAGAAAGGCAGGUCGGCAGGUGUCAGAACUCCGGCCCAGGCCGCGUGAACGGACGCUGGCCAGACCGCAGGCCAAACCCUGCCGGUGACAACCCCUCGGGCUGGCCCCGCCCCCGGCACUGGGGGUGGCCCGGCGCCAGCUAGGUGGGUGUUUUGCGGGAAGCACCUUCUCGCCUUUGUCUGACCCAGGUAGGACCCGGGGGAUGCUGGGCUUUCUGUCUUGCAGGUUUGCCCCAGGGUGGGGUUGGGAGAAGUGAGCUAAAAAACGCCCCCCUCGAGAAAUCUGACCCGAGGGGAGCUUCCCGGAAAGACGCAGACGACCGCGUGCUCAGGAUCUUUGUUGUAACUUGCCAUCGGAGUGGUAGUGACAUCCUAAUUCCAGGUUCUGUGGUGACAGUGUUAACCUGAGGGGCCUAAGUGUCACCUGCCGGGGCAGGGCUGUGUGGGCGGGUCGUGGCCGGCGGCCGCCCACCCGAACCUCCCCGAGCUGGCCUGUCCUCCUCCUCCCCGGCGCCGGCCUGCACUCAGUGCUUGAAUGACCAGCCCCCGCUCUGGCCAAAGAGCUUUCCUCCAGAGACCAAGGGCAGGAGGCGGGGAAGGGGGUCCCUGCCCGGGAGACGCGGCUUCCACAGCCCGCCUGCCCGCCCGCCCCCCUUAACCCAAGGUUUACUUGGCCGACCCUGGACCCAGACAAGCCAGUGUCGUCAGGAUGUGGAACACAUUUGGGCAGUUUAAUGUGGUACCAAACGGAGUCCGAACAGGAGCUGUUCCUGGGUGAAGCAGCAUUUAAUGCUGCAUAUAAAGCAAUGCAUAUUUUUCGAGUUAAAAUGCAUAUAUCUACAUAGAUGUGCUUUGCUAAGAAGUUAGGUCUGUUGUAGACCAGAAACCACACAUUGUGAUUUCUUGUUUUAUUUUUUUCUUAGAGAACAUUUCUAUUGACAGUAAAUAUAGUUAAUAUGUAAAUAAUGUACAUAUAGAUUGAUUUCUGGAGUGCUUGUUCUUCAUUGUAUAGACUCCCACAAGGCGCAUGAAGAAAUAGCCUAUAUUGACAUUUUGCUGUAAAGUGAGCAGUAACGUUGCAGAGUGUGUGGCUGUCGGACCGCAAAUAAAUAGUGUGUUCAUUAAAUAAAAACACGCUGUUAAAACAA